AGUAAAUUCUCCAAAUUGGCCAUGCUAAUGAUUUCCUCGGUGCGGCGAUUCGCCAAACUGAGUUAGUUUCUUCAGUCUCAUUGAAUAAUGGCGUUUGGUCGGUAACUGCAAACUGGAAUUGUAACGUGGAUUGCUCGCCAAUUUACCACAUAAAAUGUGCUCUGUUUCAUUUUGAAUUGGAACAUUUUCUUACAUGGCUGAACGGCAAGGGAUUCCGAAGUGCUUCGUCGUUCGGCAUGAAGGCAACGAUGCAAAUGAACACUUGUCUACGAUGAUGUGGGUUCGCCGACGUCAACUUGCAUUGCCACUGCUGAAAUCAACGGGAUCUCAAGGUGACCAGAAGGGGCGAGUAACCCGACCGUCUACCUCGGCGACAGGGUCCGAGUUGGGAUGCGUAAAACUGUGUGGGAAUGCGAAUAGAAGAAUACAAGAUCAGAUCCAAAGUAGACUUUACUACCAUCUCACUCCGGUCAAUAUUUCAUCAGAAUCAUCAGAUGGAUGUGGUGCCGUAUUCAAUUUAGAAUUUUCUCCAAUUGGUGACACGUUGGUGACAGCAUAUGAGGGAGAGGCAAUGCAGUUAUUUGACCCUAUAUCUGCCAAGCUUAUCACCAAGAUUCCUAAUGCACACACAGAUUGUGUCAACUGUAUCAGGUUUCUAGACAGCCGUACCUUUGCAUCCGGGUCAGAUGACAAGACCAUUGCAUUGUGGGAUAUACGUAACCUGAAGCGUAAGAUCUGCACAUUGAAAGGUCACAGUAACUGGGUUAAGAGCAUCGAGUAUUGUCAGAACUCAGGUCUCCUCAUCACAUCGGCCUUCGAUGGCAAUGUACUGGCCUGGGAUAUCAACAAAUAUCAGGAAGAGAUGCAAUGCACCAAACUCUUUCACCUUGAGAGUCUGAUGCGGACACGCCUCACUCCGGACUCCUCCAAGCUCAUCAUGUCAACAUCCGAAGGCUACUACCUGGUCAUCCACGACCUUGACCUCACCUCCUUAGCGACGGACUUUGACGAGUUUGACCCCACAGAGUAUUUUGAACUUUUGUUUAAAGAAGCCAAAGAGGACUUGAAGGAACAUGAGGAUAACCACUUGUUCCAUCGGUCAAGGAAUCGGCCGGAGAUUGUGAUGGACUUCCCCGAAGAGGGAUUUGCGGAGUGUAUAUCGUCUCUGGUGGUUCAUCCUCAAGGCUGGUGUAUGGUGUCCCGGUAUACCACCACAGAGGAAGACCAAGAGUGGACCUGCGUGCAUGACUUACAAGAGAGUUCCAGCCCCAGAGACGAACCCAAGCAGGACCCAGCCCAGCAUCGAUCCUCCCCUUUCAAACCAAAGGAGAGACUCCUCUAUUACGCCGUCGAGCCCAACGACGGCAAAGGCUACAUCAAAGAACUCAGCAUCAGCCCCGACGGGCGCAUCAUCUGCUCGUCCUUCAGCCACGGCGUAAGACUACUUGCCUUUGAUACUCAAUGCAGUGAACUCUGCGAUAUACAGUACGCCAGCCCUCCGGCUGGCCCCCAAGGACUCAAACAAGUCAAGCUUUUAUCAUGUCAUCGAGCGACGGUCCUCACGUCCCGUUUCUCACCGACGCAAUGCUUACUCGUCAGCGGAUGUUUGGAAGGAAAGGUCGUGUUUCACCACCCAUAUUUAUAACACCUGGCCAUUCUUUCCAGGACUUCACGUUGUUUCUUGGAAGAGAGGAGAAAUUCAGAUGCAAUUUUGUUUAAUUUGGUACCCCUGGAUUUUUUGUGCUGCUCACAUGGAUAGAAAGUGUUUAUAAGUUGGACCUUCUUCGAUGCCCAAUUUUUUUCUUGGUGAUUUAUCUGACAAAUAGAUGAUAGAUCAGAAUAGAAGUUGUUCCAUUUAUUGCAAUUAUACUUACCUGCCUAGAUACUAUGAUAUACUCCAUAUUACUUCAUAUUUUGAUGUCCUAAUCAAGCCAAAAAGGUGUAAACUAAUAUUCCUUGAUACAGAGUUAACACCCUUCUGGCACUCAGCAGACUACAUAUAUGCUAUGGUGCUGCUUGCAAAAUACAUGGAACCAUGUAGAAUACACGUUCCAUCUUAUUGGAAUCUCACCCGACUGCCUGAAUGCUAUGAAUGAUAAACAUAAUAAUAAUAAUAGCUAGUUCUUAUAUAGCGCUUUUCCGGACUGAAGGCCCUAUCGAAGCGCUUU